CGUCAUAAUUGAACAGUUGAUUAUUUUCGUCCAUCGUGCAUCAUUCAUCAUAACCGUCAUAUCCAUCACCGCCCGGCCUCCUCUCCUCUAUCUGCAGCCAUUGAGAGCGAGCGUAUCCAUCCGUCCACCACGCAUGACGAUUAUUGUCGACAGAAACACUGCCGACUCCUCCUCUCUUCCUCUGCCUAUCGUACAGAGCACGCAAACGCAUACAAUUCACAUAUACCACCUACCUACGGAUACCUUGCCGACAGCAACACGCAUUGCUCCCUUCGGUUACGCUACGACACAAACAGAAUCGCCCACCAGUUAAACUUCGACCCCCUAGUCCGUCAUACGAGUCAACGUCAAUAUCGCCAAUCUAAUACACGAUCCCAUACGCCUACAUCCACUGCUACAUACCCAUCCCCCUCGCCGCCGAUAUUUCCGCUAUCACGCCUUUUGCCUUGCCGCCUCUCCCAUUUGCUGGACAAAGAGACCUUCCCCCCUCACCGGAUCCAUUUACCUUCCUCCCUUCGCCUCUCACCGUCUACCGUUUACCAUCUCCCGUCCCCCGCCGUUUACAUCAGCAGUCGGAUUACCCCUCGACUUCCGCCGCCCAUCGUCGCAUUUCUCAUCUUCCGUUCUUCAUGCAAACCGCCAGACUCCUCUUCCGCCACGCAAACAUCUCCUCCCUGUCCCUCGUGCGCCAACCCGCUCAGAAGAGAUUCCUCUCUCACACGCAACGAACCAUGGCCGACUACAAGCUCAAGUCCGUCACCUCGCUGUCGCUCAAGCCAGGCGACAAGCAGGAGGUUGAGGUCGAGGGUAUUGAGGGCGCAAAGGUCCUGCUCGUCAAUGCCGGCGGCACCAUCCAGGCUGUCGGCCCCAAGUGCACCCACUACGGCGCUCCCCUCAUCAAGGGCGUCCUCACCACCUCGGGCCGAUUGACGUGUCCCUGGCACGGAGCCUGCUUCAACGCCAAAACCGGUGAUGUCGAGGAUGCCCCCGCCCUCGACGCUCUCCCCACAUUCAAGGUCACCGAGCGCGACGGCGCAAUCUACAUCUCGGGCGACGAGGCCACCAUCAAGGCCGGCCGCCGUAAGCCCAACUUUAAGUGCAAUGCCGCCGGCGGCGCCCAGAAGGACAAGGUCGUCAUCGUCGGCGGAGGUUCCGGCGCUCUGGGCGCCGUCGAGGGUCUCCGCAACGGCGGCUACGACGGCCCCCUGACCAUUGUCUCCUCGGAAGGCUACUUUCCCAUCGACCGCACCAAGCUGUCAAAGGCCCUGCUGACCGACGUCAACGCCCUGCAAUGGCGCGACGAGGAGUUCUACAAGAGCGGCUCCGUCGACUGGGUCGCUGACGAGGUCACCGACGUCGACUUCUCGGACCGCAACGUCACCACUAAGAAGGGCGACAAGAUUGCCUACACCAAGCUGAUCCUCGCCACCGGCGGCACCCCGAGAAACCUGCCCCUCCAGGGCUUCAAGGUCCUCGGCAACAUCUUCACCCUGAGGACUGCCCACGACACCAAAAAGAUUGUCAAGGCCAUCGGCGACAAGGGCAAGAAGAUUGUCAUUGUCGGGUCUUCCUUCAUUGGUAUGGAGGUCGCCAACGCCACCGCCAAGGACAAUUCCGUUACCGUCAUCGGCAUGGAAAAGGUUCCCCUCGAAAGAGUGCUGGGCGAGAAGGUUGGUGCCGGUAUCCAAAAGAGCCUCGAGAAGAACGGCGUCAAGUUCCACAUGAACGCCGGCGUCGACAAGGCCGAGCCGUCGGCCUCGGACGCGUCCAACGUCGGCGCCGUCUAUCUCAAGGACGGCACCAAGCUCGAGGCCGACCUCGUCAUCCUCGGCGUCGGCGUCGCGCCUGCCACCGAGUUCCUGAGGGAGAACAAGGUCAUCCGUCUCGAGGACGACGGAUCGAUCAAGACGAACGAGAGCUUUGAGGUAGUGGGACUGAAGGACGUGUACGCCAUUGGCGACAUCGCCACGUACCCCUACCACGGGCCCGGGGGCAACGGCAAGUACACGCGCAUCGAGCACUGGAACGUUGCGCAGAACGCGGGUCGCUCCGUCGCAAACAACAUCAUCAACUCGGCCGUCAAGACGCCGCACUUCAUCCCCGUCUUCUGGUCGGCGCUGGGGUCGCAGCUCCGUUACUGCGGCAACACGGUCGGCGGAUGGGACGACAUUGUGCUGCAGGGCAGCGUGGAGGAGUCGUCCUUCGUCGCGUACUACACCAACGGCGAGACGGUCGUCGCCAUGGCUUCGAUGGGCAAAGACCCUGCCAUGGCGCAGUCGGCCGAGCUGAUGUCGCUGGGCAAGAUGCCGUCAAAGUCGGAGCUGGCCAAGGGGCUGGACAUCACAACUAUUGGCCCGGUCGAGGCAUGAUGACUGGUGGGUUGGCCAUUUGGGAGAGAGAGAGAGGGAAUGUGUAAUGAAGACGGAAACAUAGGGAGCCAGGAGAGGGAGGACGUAAUCUCUGGCGUAUUUUGACGAGGCCUUUAGGCAACCAAGCAAGCACUUACGCAAUGUGACGAUUUCCACGAUUCAAGCUAGUCCGUGUUGGUGGUGAUGUGUUUUGUUGAUGGUGAUGGCCUGAUGGCUCGAUGGCUCGAUGUGACGGGCUAUGUAUGGGACGAUGGGCGUAUGAGAAGGGCUUCGCUUCCCAACUAAGGAAUUCCCGCGGGACCGAGGGGCUCCAGCGCGAUUCUCUAGGCGAUUUGGUGUGCGCCAUGGUUGGACCGCUCGGGACCGAACGCACAGAC